CAAACACAGCGAAACGUGUACUCUACUGAAGUGUUCCCGUGAGGCCAAGACCAAGAUGAAAUCGCAGAUUCUCGCCAUGUUUUGGGGAAUUCUCUGUGCGGAAAAUUUAAUGUGCGAGCCUCAGGCAGCACCGUACAGCGGCCAGCCCUCUCCACUGCUGAGUGACUCGCAACAGAGUCCCGUGAUGCGCGAGCUGGCCAAAGCGCACGCCGAGCAGCUGGCCCGCGCUGAGGAGUCCAUCGCCGAUCUCGUGCGCCAGCUGAAGGCGCUGCCGCCUGACGACGCCCGGAAGGAGCAACUGGCCGCCCAGCUACGACAGCAGCAGCAAGCACUCAGGGAGAUGCGCGACAAGUUCCGCGACCAGCUGCUUUGCGUGCUCACGCACGAUGCCGCCAACAAUGGCACCCUCGCCGAUGACAAGGACGCUCAAGAGGCUGUCUUGCUGCAAUGCACUGGAGCGAUUUCACCGGCUGCAGGAGUCGACACUACUCAAACCCAAGUCAACGAGACUGCAAAACGGUGACCGUGUAAAAGUGCGAGAAA